UUCUUUACAAACAGUUUUUCGUUUCUCGGUUUUCUUACUUCCGAACUGUAGAAACUUCCUAUGGGAAAGAGCUUUGACAACAAACUUGUUUUUCUACUUGUAAUUAGAAAUAAUCAUCCAAGAUGAGAAUUGUUUGCGCUGCGUUAAAUUGCAAAUAUUCCUCAGAAAACAAGGAUUCUUCGAGUGUCACUUUUAUCAAUUUUCCCAACAAUGACACAGCCAAAGUAUGGGCAGAAUGUUGUGGCAGAUCGGAUUUAGCUACAAAAUCGAAUGCAGAAUUGCAUUUGAAUUAUUACAUUUGUUCUCGUCACAUUGAAGAUCGCUGUUAUAUAAGCAAAACUAUUCCCAUUGUUGUAGAAGAAGGGACCAUUCCCACUUUAUUUGAGACUGACUUGACUACUGACGAUGAAGACUCAAUGAAUAUGUUUCAUAAGGCACAGCAUCUCCAAGAAAUAGGUGACAAUGUGCCUUUAACAUAUUGCGAUAUGAAUGUUGAAAUAGACGAAUAUCAUAAUAUCUCUGUCAAAUUUGCCAAUUUAUGUCGAAUCUGUGGAAUAUCCGCUUUGGAUGGAAUAGAUAUCUUUGCAACCAAGGGUAUAGAACUUAAAUUAAAAGAAAGAAUAAAUUUACAUAUGCCUAUCUCGAUUGACAUAAAUGAUUCAUUACCACGGAAAGUAUGUACCGAUUGCUGUAAUAAAUUGGAAGUUGCACAUUCACUAGUUGUCUCAUGUCUUAAAACUGACAUGCGCUUAAAACAAUUUCUAAAUAUUGACAGAGAGCCAGAAUAUGAAAAUAAGUACAAUUCAUUGAUUGACGAAUGUUCCUUAGAGAUAGUCCAAGAAAUGUGUAUCCAAGAAAUGGACGAUAAUUUGCAUCCUAAUUCAUUUACUAUAAAUAAAAUGAUAAACUCUGAUUCAGAAAGUUUAAGAGAAUUAGAAAAUGGAGAAUGUACUGAAAUACAGAAUAAUGAUUUUCAAAGCAUUUCAAAAAAUGUGCCGUUAGAACUAAAUACUCUAAUCCAAACUUGUAGAGAAGUUAACAGUAAAAGUAAUGCAAGUGAGACUAUCAGAGAAGAGAUAUUAAAUUUGCAACAAGAUAAGACCAAAAAUGGAAGUCUUAAUGUUAUAUGUCUACAGUGCCAAACUUUCUGUGAAACACAGGAAAUAUUUGAAAAUCAUAAAAUAGUUUGUAAUAAGACACAAGAUAUCUCUGAACAUGUAGAUAUGUGUAAAACUCCAGAAAACGGAAAUCAGCAACUUAAUCAUGAAAUAAAAAAUUUCCAGGCACGCAAAAAAACAUUUGAUGAUAAGCAAGUUACUGAUAAAAACUGCGAAUCAGUGUAUUGUACUGUUUGCAACCAAGCGUUUAAAUAUCAGCAGGAUUAUGAUAAUCAUAAACAUCUUCAUGUAAAUCUUACUGAAAUGAAUAAAAGAUGUGGUCAUUGUGAAAAAGUAUAUCAUAACAAAAAAAAUUUGUUAAUACAUAUUGUGGAAUCGCACGAGGGACGAUUAUUAUUGAAGUGCUCUACAUGCGAUAAAACAUAUGAGAAGUGGUCUAGUUUAGAUAUUCACGAAGCUACUCACAGAAUAGAUAAACCCUAUCUUUGCGAUCUGUGUGGAAAAAGUUUUAAGCAUUCCAAUAAUUUAAGGGGUCAUAAAAGAAUUCAUUUGGACGAAGCUAUAAAGAAAAGACAUGUGUGUGAGACCUGUGGCAAUAUGUUUAGAUCACGAUUUCAUUUGCAAGAACAUAUGAAUCAGCACGAUGAUAACAGACCCUAUUGUUGUGAACAAUGCGGCAAAGCUUUUUACAAAAGAAUUCAGUUGCGACAGCACCAAUUAUCGCAUGGCUCUAAUAGGCAUACAUGUUUGAUUUGCGGUGCAAUGUUUAAUCGUAGAGGGAACAUGAUCGCACACACGAAACGGCAUAAUAACGAUAAUGGAGGAUAUAGAUGUAGUGUUUGUGCCUACAAAUCUAAAUCUAUGAGCGAAUUAAAGAUACACAGGAAAGACCAUACCGAGGAGGAAAUAGUGGACAGCAUUAAGAAGAGAUGUACCGAUAAGGACAUAUGGCGUUGUAACAUUUGUAAUAAAAUAUUCUCAAAGCGCGCCAUCUUGUUAAAUCACGAGCGCAUACAUGGAGACGAUAAGUUUUACGAAUGUGAUGAAUGCGGCAAGAAAUUAGCAAGUAAAAGCUCGUUAAUAUAUCAUAAGAAGUCGAAACAUUUGAGAGAGAGGCCGCAUAUGUGUCAUUAUUGCGGAAAUUCGUUCGUUUCGAGAGAGGCACGGCUGAUUCAUGAAAGGAUACAUACCGGUGAACGCCCUUACAUUUGCAAGGUGUGCAAUACGCAGUACAGAUCUUCCAGUAAUCUUAGCCAGCACAUGAAGAUCCACACGGGUCUGAAGCCGCAUAAGUGCCAUUUUUGCGACAAAGGUUUUACGCGUAAAGCCGCGCUAACCGUACACGAGAGAAUCCACACGGGUGUUAAGCCUUAUUCUUGCGAGACCUGUGGUAAAAGCUUCUCACAGAAGAAUGACAUGUUAAAGCAUAUGAAACGCACAACUGCAGAUGGAUGCAGCGCGGUUAUUGUAACUAAAUCAUUAAACGAAAAUAAAAAUAUGUUAAAGCACACUGUGAUGCACGAGCAAGACUCCUUAGUAAUUUCGAAUAUCAAUGCAUGAUACAUUCUUCAAGUUUAUGUUAAUAAUGUCUCUUCGGAAAUUAAAUAAUUUUAGUAAUAAUGACGAUAAUUGUAUAUAUAAUAUAAUAUGAUGAAAACAUGAAAACAUCAAAACGUAUAAAGAGAGCAAAUUAAAACUUCAUCUCUGACAAGUUAUUAUCAAAAAAGUCUCCUGAUUAGUACAAGAAUAUAAGAAAUCAUCGAAUUUUGACUGAAUAUUUAAUGGAAGCUUUAAGUUACUAGUGAAGGAACGAUAUAGAGACAUUCUAAGAAUAUAGAUACAAAUCAGAUAAGAUUAUUUUAUACUGAUAAAACAAUAUUUCUGUCUGGUUAUACUACUCUUAUUGGAGAUAUGCAUUGUUGAAAGACUGAUGCGCUUACUAUCUAGAAGCAAAGAAAUUUUAUGUGAUUGCAAGUGACAGAAAUUGAAUAUGUCAAUAUUUUCUCGAUAUGUGUUCGAAAAGCUGCACAUCAGGCUUCGUAAAGAUCAUAUUUGAUUUAUGAUGAUUUGAUGGAUGCUCUGAUGCUGGUAUUUCCAUAAAAAAUAUUGUAGAAAAAAAUGAAGAGCGCUUUACAAGUCAUAACUUAAACUUUAUAAACAAUACUCAAACUGGCUUGGCAAGCAAUCAUCUGAAAGCGUUCAUUUAUAUCUUGAUAGCCUACCCGCAUUGCUGAAAGAUGAGGUGCAAUAAAAGUCGUUGUUAUAUAUAGAAUAAUACUCUUUAUUGUUUUUGAUAGUUGUUGUUUUUCAUAUCGUGCGCUGCAGUUUCUUUUUACUCAACUUUUGUCAUUCAAUAUCCAGUUAAACGACUCCCCGUUUUACUGUCAGUUCUGCUGCUAAUAUAUUUUGGUAGAACAGUACGUGAUACAACUCCACGAUUUUAGAACAAAGAGAAACGAAAGGAAAUGGCGACACGCCCGAUCACUCGCGAACACACGUGUGCCGUAUUAUUCGUCGACCGCAUAUAGGACUAGAGUAAUUGCGAUUUUUCUCCCGUGUAACACUUGUUCGCCGAUUAUAUAUCUUUUUCUUCUCAAUUCCUAAAUGAUCGAGGAGCACACGUGCUUUUUUUUGUGCGCAAGUAAAAACGUGGGCCCGAUCGAGUCGCGUGCGAUUUCGUCUUGCUCGCUCGAACGGCGACGACCGAUGACCGAUGGUCUUUUCUUUUUUUUUAAAAUUCGUCAUAUUCGUUAUACAAUAAUUUUAUAUUUUUUCCCCCUUUAUAGUUUUCUUUAUAGACGCAACGGCCUCGCAAUAUGCCACGCUCUUCCUACGUUAUGAUCGAGUGAUCGGUGCGUGGUCGUCGACGAUACAAUUACGCAUUUCUCAGAGUAUAAUAUCUCCGGCUCUGUUAAAACGCGCGUACCCGGCACGCGCGUUGCGAGCGCACGGCGUCAGGGUCGAAUCAAGGCGGACGACUCGAAAAAGAGUUCGUUCGAGAGCACGGAAUAAUUUUCAGCGAUGUUGCCGUUCGAUCGCUCGGUUAGUCGCGGGCUCGUAUUCGUUCGCGAACGGAAGCGAAACGGCACCGAAGGUGCUGGGACAGCGGGAGAGAACGCUUCCGGGCUCUCGCUAUCCCGUCGCGACGACGGGCGCUAACGCACUUCCGGAAAGCGCUUGUAAUCCGGAUGAUCCGAGAGUGCCGCUGUGCCGUGCGUUUGCUCGACGCGGCCGACGACACCGCCUCGACUCGCAACCGCUCCCUUUUUUCUUUCUUUUUUUUUUUUUACCCCAUAUUACUCUCUCAUCUUCUUUAAAUUAAUUAUUUCUGUCUCUCUUUCUCUGUAACCAUCGUUCUUUGCGCUACUAUUUACAAUGUACAAUCGUGCAUCCUUCCUGCCCUAAUUUCUUACGACAGCGUCGAGUCGCGCGCGCCUGAUCGCUUUCCAAUCGACGGCUUUCUCGUCGUCCCUUUUUCGCUUGGAACUUUUGCUUUUCGUUUACAACCUUCCGAAGGGACGAAGAAACAGUCGAGGGUGGUAAAUCAGUUCGCAUUUGACUCAAAUUUUAUAUAGUACGCAAAGUAAAUGAUUCUCGAUCAGAUAUCAUUGACAUAAUUAUAAUUUAAGCUCAAAUGAGACAAAUUACAAAUUAAUAUGUGAAUUAUUUUCAUUAAUUCUAAGAGAAAUAUGUUCUAGGUAUGAUACUACCGUCAAACUUUAUUUUAAAAUAAUCUUUGUUCGUAAAGUCGGUUCGAAAAAAUUAGCAAGAUAUGAAAAAAAGAAAAUUUUUUGACGAGUAUUAUUGAAUUGCCACGAGUCGUCGUAAGCGCGAAUGAAAAUAAAUUUCGUCCGAAUAUCACCGCAACGAGGAAGAAUCGAUCGCCGCGCGAGCUCGUCGCCGCCUCAUAUUAUUUAUCAAGAUAAAUAUAUACAUAUAUAUGCAUACAAUAAUAAUA